AUGGCCUCCCUCCUCGAAGCCCGAACCCCGGGCUUCAACCCUUACUCGGUCAAAUACUCCCCCUACUACGACUCCCGCCUCGCCGUCGCCUCCUCCUCCAACUACGGCAUCGUCGGCAACGGCCGCCUCUUCAUCUUGGGUCUCGGCCCCCAGGGCAUCGCCAUCGAAAAAACCUACGACACAAACGACGCCCAGUACGACCUCGCCUGGUCAGAAAUCAACGAAAACCAAUGCGCGGUAGCAUGCGGCGAUGGCUCCAUCAAGCUCUUCGACCUCAACGUGCCCGAAUUUCCCGUCAUGAACUUCCACGAGCACAAGCGAGAGACCUUUUCCGUCUGUUGGAACCCCCUCACAAAAGACACCUUCCUCUCCUCAUCAUGGGAUGGUACCGUCAAAAUCUGGUCCCCAACCCGCCCAGCAAGCCUCAAAACCCUCCCCGUAGGCAACUGCACCUACUCGGCCUCCUUCAGCCCCCACAACCCCUCCCUCAUCUCCUGCGUCAGUUCCGAUUCCCACCUCCGCCUGUUCGACCUCCGCACUCCUGUCAACGCAAAAUACCACCUCGUCGCCCAGAUUCCGAUCCACUCCCCCCCUUCCAUACCCCAGUCCACCAUCCUCCCCCGCCUCUCCAACGGCACCACCUACGCGGGUGCCAUCCCGAACGAAGCCCUCACGCACGAUUGGAACAAAUACUCGGACACUGUCAUCGCCACCGGCGGGGUGGACCGCACCAUCCGGACGUUUGACAUUCGCAACCCGACCGGCGGCCCGACGGCGGUGUUGCUGGGUCAUGAGUUUGCCGUUAGGAAGCUCCAGUGGUCGCCGCAUGCGCGGGAUGUGCUUGCCAGCGCAGGGUACGACAUGACGGUGAGGGUUUGGAGUGAUGGGAGCGCGAUGCCGUUUCCGCAGGAGGAGAACGUCAUUAGGGUGGGGCAGGAGUUGGGGUUGAUGAAUAGGCACACCGAGUUUUGCACGGGGGUGGACUGGUGUCUUUUUGGGACGGGGGGUUGGGUGGCUAGUGUUGGGUGGGAUGAGAGGGUUUUGGUUUGGGAUGCGCAUACGCUUUUGAGGAGGUGA